AUGAAAUUUCGAAAAAAAUUACAUGAGGAAGCACAUCCAAAAUAUCGAGACCAUUAUAUUUCAUAUAAAGAGUUAAAGAAUGUCAUAAAAUUGAUAACAGGAAAUGAUACGUCUACAUAUACGAUAAAAGAAAUUACCACAAACUUUGGAAAUAUAAGAGCUUUAACCGGGGCAGAAUAUAAAUCACCCGAAUCUCGAUUUCAAGAUAUUUUAAAUGGAGAAUUAGAUAAAAUUAAUAAGUUUAGUGUUGUAAUAAUAAAACAAUGGUUUAAAGAAGCUGAAAUAUAUUAUAAAGAAUUAAAAAGAGGAAAUGAGGAAUCUAUAGAUAUAUUAAAUAUAGAAAAAAAAUUAAAUGAAUUAGGUAAUACACUAAUAUUUUUAGAAAAAUAUAAGCAUAUUAAUUUUAUAGGAUUUCGUAAAAUUACAAAAAAAUUUGAUAAACAUAAUGGUAAAACUGUUAGCUCUUCAUUUUAUAUAAAUGUUGUAAUAAAAAGUUUUUUUAUGACUUUUGAUAUAAAUUUUUUAGUAUAUAUAUUAUCGAUAUGUUAUAAAUAUUAUAGAGAUAUAAAAAAUAAAAAUAAAAUUAUAGAGGUUAAAGAAAAUACAAAAGAUGAACAAUACCUUUUAAAUAAUAAUGUGGAACAUAAUAAAAAUGUAUCAAAUUCUGAUAAAAUUUAUAAUCCAAUGAUAAUUGGAAAUGAUAAUUUAGUUAGAAAAGAUGUAAAUAUAAAAGAGAAUAAUUUAUAUACUAAUACAUUCAAUACAUCAGAUUUAUGUAUGCAGACAGAAAAAAAUGUCGAAAAUACAAAAUAUAUUGUAAAACUACAAAAUUUAAUGUCAGCUAAAAUAGAAAUAUGUAAGCAUUUUACUUUUCAAUAUUACGAUUUAAAAGAAUGUGAUUUUCCUACAAAUUUUAACAAUUUAAUAGAUAUAAUAUCAACAAAUAAAAUACAAAAUUAUUACAUAACUGUAUAUUUUGACGAUCCAAUGUUAAACACUUACCAUAAUUAUAUUAAUCAAAAUUUACAAAAUAAAAAUAAUGAAUGUAUUAGAAUACGAUCUUAUAUUUAUUCAAAAGAUGAUGAUGAAGAAAAUAUUAAAAAAACUACACAUAUCCAAAAGUUUAAUUUAUAUGAACCCAGUCAUGAUGACAAUGAAAAAUAUAUCCCUCCAGAAAAAUUAGUAAACAAAAAUUUAGAGAUAAAAACAGUAAACGAUUUAUAUUCAGAAUCUAUGUAUGAUAUGUGUAAUAAUGAUAAUAUUAUAAAUGAAAAGGAUAAAUUUACAAUAAAUGAUUCAGAAUUUCCAAAAAAAAAAAAUAAUAACCAUAUAACUUCUAAAACAGAUGGAUCCAAUUUGGUUAGCACAAAUAAUAGUGUUAAUAAUAUAAAAAAAUAUGAUAAUAUAACACAAAAAAAUAUAGAAAAAUACAUUUCUGAGAUUAAAGAAAAGAAACUUAAAAGUUAUAUUAAAAGUAAAUUAAAUAGAUUCCAUUUUUAUGAUGAAAAUGCAACAGGAUAUAUCGACGAAAAUAUAUCUUAUUGGGCUCAUAAUGAUAAAAGAGAUAUUUAUAAUAAUGAUUAUAGUGAUGAUGAAGAAGAAGAUAAUUGUGUAGAGGGGGAUAUAAAAAGCGAUACAGAUGGAAAUCUUAACGGUACAAAUAUAACUGACACUGUCAAUAAUUUAAAUGAAAAAAAACGUAUUUGGAUUGGAAAUGGGAAUAAGAAAUAUUCCUAUUUUGAUCAUGCUAUUAUUGAUAUUAGUAUAAAAGAACAUACUGAUAAAAAUAUAAUACUUCAAUUAAAUAACCUUAAAGGUGUUAAAGAAAUUUGGGGAUAUUCUUCUUUUCUUCAAGGUAUAUCCUUAUUUUAUUCAAACCAUAUAUCAACUUAUCCACACUGGGUAGUUUAUACACAUACCAACCUUACAAAACCGAAAAACAUUGAUAAUUCAAAAAAAAAAGAAAAGAAAAAAAUGAAAUAUUACUCAGAAAAUUAUAAUAAAGAAAAUUGUGUCAGUAACGGGAGCAAUGUGAUGGUCUCUGAAAAUAUGAAUAAUUAUACAAAUGGAAAUGCUCAAAAAAAAAAAAAAAAAAAACAGAAAAAAAAAUCGGAAUUUAACUGUGAAUAUAAAAAGGGUAUUACAUACACAGGUGCGUCUGCACGAAUUGCACACCAAAGUGAAGUUAUAUUUAGAAAUGAAAUAGAGAAAAAUAAGUCUUUCAAUAAUAUAUAUCAUAGUAUUUAUGAUUCUAAAAAAAAUAUACAUCCAAAAUGGAAUGGUAAUGGUAAAUACCAUAACAAUAAUUGCAAUAAAAAUUACAAUAAUUCUGAUAAUAACCGAAUGAAAUAUUCCAACGCAAAUAAAUGCUUCCCAGUUAAUACAUAUACAAUAGAAAAUACAAAUUUUUAUGAGCCUCUUCUAGAUUCAGAGUGUGAUACGAGAUGUGAAAAUUUUAAGUCACAUUCUGGUACCAUUUUCUCCUUUUUUAAGCGUUUGUUUUUUAAAAAAAAACAAAUUGUUGAUAAUAAAAUCCCCAAAGAUUCAGUAGUUCGAGUGGAGCCUAAAACAUUUUUUGCUAAUGAAAGAACCUUAUUGCAAUGGUUAAAUACUAGUGUACUACUUUCAACAAUUUCUAUAACCCUUCUUAAUUUCUCAAAUUUUUAUGGGUUUAUCUCUGGAAUUAUUAUGGCACCUGUUGCUAUUUUUUUUAUUAUAUAUUCAUUUUACAUUUAUUUAAAAAGAGCCAAUGCACUGAUUAAUAAAGAACCCAUAGAUUACACCGACAAAAUUGGCCCCGGAGUUUUAGUCGUUACAUUGACAUUUGCAUUGUCAACAGUUGUCAUACUAAAUGUAUACAGUCGUUUCAUUGGGAUUCCAUAUAAAGACGACUCACCAGUAAAUCAAAAAUGA